AUGUGCUGCAACUACUACGGGAACUCCUACGGGGGCUGUGGCUAUGGCUGUGGCUAUGGCUCUGGCUACGGCUCUGGCUAUGGCUGUGGCUAUGGCUGUGGCUAUGGCUCUGGCUACGGCUCUGGCUAUGGCUGUGGCUAUGGCUGUGGCUAUGGCUCUGGCUAUGGCUCUGGCUACGGCUGUGGCUAUGGCUCUGGCUAUGGAUGUGGCUAUGGCUGUGGAUAUGGAUCCAGAUAUGGCUGUGGCUAUGGCUGUGGAUACGGCUCUGGCUACGGCUCUGGCUACGGCUGUGGCUGCUGUACCAUCCGACCAUGCUGCUACCGACGAUGCUAUUCCUCUUGCUGCUAG